AUGCCGUGCCAGGACAUCAAUGUCUGGGGCUCUGGCGUGCUAUUUGAAUUGAACAAGUGUCAGCGUCGAGGGGAAACAGCGUCGAAGCUGUCGUUCGUGCCACACUCCCCCACCACCACUCAGUUGUUGUACAGCAUUUGCAUGUCCUGCCAGUGCGGAGUACGAAGCGACGCUCUCAAAACUCAAAAUAUUAACACUUUAACGCCAAGUUUUUUAUCCGGCUGCCGGAAACAGACAACACAACACAGACACACAAAUACUGAGCCCCUUGGCGGCGGCGACGGCAACGGCGGCGGCGGCAAAACGCCAUGUUGGAUUAUUCAGCUCGACGCCAUUUCGCGUCACAAUGCGCGCUAUGCGCUGCCAUCAUUGCACUCGACAGCAAACGGCAAACGGCACAAGGCACAAGGCAGCAGCAACAGCUAUGACUAUGACUAUGACUAUGACUAUGACUAGAGCUGUGUAGCUGCAACGUUAGUGGCCCACCCGGCGGAUGAAGUUGCAAUUCAAAGUCAUAAACACGUGGAGCGUGGGCGCAAAGUCUCAGCUAAGCCGCGAAGCAGGCGCUGCCAGUGA